AGUUGCAUUUGAAAUUUUCUGAGAAUUACUGACGAUAAAAAAAUGUCACCUUUUGUUACUACCUUUUUUAUUGUUUUGGUUGUAUUUGCAGCCGCAAUAAAUGUUGAAGCUGGUGGUCGUUGUGCACCAGAUGAAGUUGGGUCUGAAUGUGGUAGACCUUUAAAUUGUCAGAGAACAUGUCAGAGAAGACCACUUUGCACAGCGCAAUGUGUACCAGCUUGUGUGUGUCCAUCGGGUUCUGUUAGGAGAUCCUCAACUGAUUCAACUUGUGUACCAAUACGAAAUUGUUGACAAUAAUUUCAAUAAUAAUUAUUAAAAGAUUUAACGAGAAAUUAAAAAUUUUUUGUUUAAUUUUUUCAACAAUUAGAUAUUGAAUUUGAGUAAUUUCUGUACAAUAUUAAAUCUAAUAAAAGAUUUAUGCAAAAUUUA